AUGACAAUUACAAGUUCAACCGCAUCUGCCCAAAAGGCUCUCGACAUCUUUUGGGAAAACAAACUCUCAUCUAAUGAAACAAUCACCCGACCUCCCAAUGUUCUUCCUAAACAUAUAUACGAACGUCUGAUCGGUGAAAAGAAACCAAGCAGCGUAGUCUCUGGAUGUAGCGUCAAUGUUUCAUACGAUGUAGCUGUGAAACAAUGCGAAGCCAAGGUUGCAGCUAUUGUAGCAGAAUGCCAACGCAAUAAUACUAAAUACAGUGACAAAGAUUUUAACCUCGACGAUAUGGAGUAUUGCCUCAGAUCUCUCACAGUUACAGAACCAGACUCAGUGAGUGGAGGAGAACAUAUUAGAUUAAGUUCUCCGAAGAAACCCACGACUACGAGGGCAGUCAUACGAGCAGAAACCUUCGAUUUGACCGCGACUAAAGGGCGAGAGCCUGCUUGUGCAAAGAGAAUAAGUGAGAUAUUCGAUGUCCCGACAUUCUUCAUUGGUCAUGAAGCCCAUGUACAAGAUAUACGACAAGGAUCAGAAGGAGAUUGUUGGUUCAUAUCUUCUCUGGCAUGUCUCACUGUGGACGAAGCAUUUCCACGACUUAUCGACAAACUUUGCCCGAAAAAAGCACGAAACGAAGAAGUUGGUGUGUAUGGAUUUGUGUUCUAUCGUGAUGGAGAAUGGGUCUCAGAGAUCGUUGAUGAUAAACUCUACCUCACCAAUCCUGAUUACGAUGAUUGCAAUGAUGAUAGAAGAUUGGUGUGGGAUCGUUCUCAUGGAAGACUUGACCCGGAAGCAUCUCGUGCGGACUAUAAGAAUACUUUCCAAACCGGCUCGGAUGCACUGUUCUUUGGUUCUUGUGCUGAUCCAAACGAAACCUGGGUACCACUCAUUGAGAAAGCAUUUGCCAAAAUCCAUGGCGAUUAUGAUUCAAUUAGUGGGGGAUGGCCUGGUGAGGGUGUCGAAGAUCUCACCGGUGGUGUUUCUACCCAAUUUCUUACCGCUGACAUACUGGACAAAGAUUCUUUCUGGACUGAAGGUCUUUUGAAAGUCGGCAAGGAUUUUAUAUUCAACACUGGUACAAGGGAUUACAAUCAUCCUGAUCCAUAUCAACUUGGAAGGCAAGGUAUCGAAGAUGAUCAUGCUUACUCUGUUCUUCGAGCGGUUGAAUAUCAGGGGAAUCGUCUUUGCCUCGUGAAAAAUCCUUGGGGUGAGACUGAAUGGAAUGGCCCAUGGUCAGAUGGGUCUAAAGAAUGGACUCCAGAAGCACUUCAAGCACUAAAUCAUAAGUUUGGGAAUGAAGGUAUCUUCUGGAUGCCUUAUGAAGAUUUUCUCGAUCGAUAUGAUGAAAUCUGGAGAACGAGAAUAUUCCAUUGUGAUUGGUUCAAUUGGCACGUUGCCCAACAUUGGACGACUAUCAACGUACCUUGGUCCGGAAAUUACAAUGAAACCUCAUUUCACUUUACCAUUCCAGUCCCAACCACAACAGUGAUAGUUCUCUCACAACUCGACACUCGUUACUUUAGUGGUCUUACGGGUCAAUAUACUUACUACGUCUCUUUUCACCUCCAUAAACCAGGUCAAGACUCUCACAUAGUUCGCGGCUACUCUAGUGGUGAUCGUUCCGCUACGACUGAAAUUUUUCUUGAAGCCGGUACUUAUGAAGUUUAUCUUCAAAUAACCGGAUAUCGCGAUGAUACACUUUCGAAGAUCGAAGACGUUGUCAAGGAUAAUUGGCUUGCUAGAAGAGAUAAACUGAUCCAAAUUGGUUUAAAGCAUGAUAUGGCCUAUGCUAAAGGUGUGAUCCAGGAGAAAAUUCCGAAGAAGGUUAAGAGGAUAUCUCUCGCUACACCGAUUACUCUUACCACUCCUUCAAUACUUACACCUCCUCCAACUCCGCUCCCAGCGCCAGCUCUUCCCAUUCCUAGUGACCAAGCAGAUAUGUCCAAAGAUGCUUGGAAUGCAUCAUGUGUUGUAGGCCUCAGAAUUUACACGAAUGAGACGAUAGCAUCGAUUGGAAUAGGAAAAGUAGCGGAUGCAGUCAACGUUGAGACAAGUCCAGAUUUGACAAAGAAGGAACAGGGUAUUCAUCAAGACGAAAAAGAAAACUUUUCGGAUUAA